AUGACCACUUCGAGCCCCAACAAGACUUGCGUCUUUAUUGGCAAUGGAGCAAUAGGAAAGACAUGUCUCAUCAAAGCCAUUUGCGGCGAGGACCUCAAGCGAGCCAUGGAGGACUACAAUCCAACGGGACGGAGUAAAACGCACCCGACCACCAGCGUCAAAACCAGGGACGGGUCCACUGUGACCCUUGAACUGCGGGAUACACCCGGCCAGGAUUUCGACCAUUUCGAAAAGAACUCCCCAUCUUACGUCGACGUGGAAGAGGAGAUCUCGCGAGCUUGCGCUGCUGCGGAUCUCGCGCUCGUUUGCUUUUCCAUCACGGAUCCUGUGUCCUUCGGCCACGUCAGAACGAAGUGGCACCCAAGGGUUCGGCAUGAUGCAGCUCAAGAUGUGCCCAUUAUUCUGGUUGGACUCAGAUCGAAUUGGCGAAAUGAUGCAGGGAUCCUGGAGAUGUUAGCCAAGAACAACAAAGUGACGACUCUUUAUGACGAGGGGAGGCAAAUGUUCGAAGAGAUAGGUGCAGUGGAAUAUGUUGAGUUCGCGGCAACAGUUCCAGGGGACGCUGAUAAAGUCGUUGACGCUGUAGUUGCAGCUUUAAGAUGA